AUGGAUGAUACCUCCAUAUCUUCAUGCUUUAUGUUAUAUCUCACUCAAGAAGCUGUUAGACAGUUGGACUACCGACAAAUCUUCCAGGUAAAGACAGAUACCAGUCACUUUCUACUAACCUCUCUCAAUAUAAGGAUACAGAAAAAAGUAAAACUUGAUGAAGAUGAUGAGGACGAUGAUGAGGAUGAUGAGGAUGAUGAUGAUGAUGAUUUUGAUGAAGAGGAAACUGAAGAAAAGGUCCCAGUGAAGAAAUCUGUACGAGAUACCCCAGCCAAAAAUGCACAAAAAUCAAACCAAAAUGGAAAAGACUUAAAACCGUCAACACCGAGAUCAAAGGGUCAAGAGUCCUUCAAAAAACAGGAAAAGACUCCUAAAACACCAAAAGGACCUAGUUCUGUAGAAGACAUUAAGGCAAAAAUGCAAGCAAGUAUAGAAAAAGGCGGUUCUCUUCCCAAAGUGGAAGCCAAGUUCAUUAAUUAUGUGAAGAAUUGUUUCCGGAUGACUGACCAGGAGGCUAUUCAAGAUCUCUGGCAGUGGAGGAAGUCUCUUUAAGAAAAGGGUUUAAACAGUUU